CCUACAGCGUCUCCCCCGCGUCCUCACUCUGGUGGCAGGAUUUUCGGUGUGCACCGCUGGAUCUCCUUGAGCUGAAUUGGCCCCUCUGCACUCACACACACCUCAGUUCACCAUGUCCAGGAAGGUUGUGAGGACCAGCAAGUUCCGUCACGUCUUUGGUCAGGCUGUGAAAGCUGACCAAUGCUACGAUGACAUCCGAAUCUCCCAGAUGACCUGGGACAGUUGCUUCUGCUCCGUCAACCCCAAGUUUGUGGCCAUGAUCGUGGACGCCAGCGGCGGAGGAGCCUUCAUGGUUCUGCCACUGAACAAGACGGGACGUAUUGACAUGUCUUACCCCACUGUGUGCGGCCACACAGGUCCCAUCCUGGACAUUGAGUUUUGUCCCCACAAUGACAACAUCAUUGCCAGCAGCUCUGAGGACUGCAGUGUCAUGAUCUGGGAGAUCCCAGACGGCGGACUGAUCACCUCUCUCACAGAUCCUGUCGUUAAGCUGGAAGGUCACUCCAAACGUGUUGGCAUCCUGAGCUGGCACCCAACUGCCCACAAUGUGCUGAUGAGUGCAGGCUGUGACAACGUGGUCAUCCUGUGGAACGUGGCUCGCGGGGAGGCAGUGGUGAGGAUCGACAGCGUUCACCAUGACCUCAUCUACAGCGCCUGCUGGAACAGGGACGGCUCCAAGAUUCUCACCACCUGCAAGGACAAGACCAUGCGUGUGCUGGACCCUCGCAAGGGCACUGUCCUCUCUGAGAAGGAGAAGCCUCAUGAGGGCUCCAGGCCUGUCAGGGCGGUGUUUGUGUCCAAUGACAAGAUCCUCAGCACGGGCUUCAGUCGCAUGAGCGAGAGGCAGGUGGCGCUGUGGGAUUCGGACUUCAAAGAGCCGCUGACCCUGCAGGAGCUGGACACCAGUAGCGGCGUCCUUCUCCCAUUUUUUGACCCAGACACUGGCGUCGUCUACCUCUGUGGCAAGGGCGACAGCAGUAUCCGCUACUUUGAGGUGACGGACGAAGCUCCUUAUGUCCAUUACCUGUCCAUGUACAGCAGCAAGGAGAGCCAGAAGGGAAUGGGAUACAUGCCCAAGAGAGGCUUGGAGGUCAACAAAUGUGAAAUUGCCAGAUUCUACAAACUCCACGAGAGGAAAUGUGAGCCCAUCGUCAUGACGGUGCCACGCAAGUCGGAUCUCUUCCAGGAGGAUCUGUACCCCGACACCAUCGGCCCGGAGCCUUCAGUUGAAGCUGACGACUGGUUUCAGGGAAAGAACGCCCCGCCCAUUCUGAUAUCUUUAAAAGACGGGUUUGUCGCCACCACCAAAGCUAAGGAGUUCAAAGUUCACAAGAGCCUCCUGAAGACCACAACUGCUGCUGCUGUGAGUCAACAGGACAACAGUGGGGAGGUUCAGUCCUUGAGGAAGGAGGUGAAGGACCUGAAAGCAGCGAUAGAUGAGCUGAUCAAGCGCGUGAGUGAGCUGGAGAGCAAGCAUUAAGGUUCAAUUAUCAGGGAAAAGAAUCAAGAAGCAGAGGAACAAAGAAAGUAUCAAAAAAGUAAGGGAGAGAUUAAGAGAUUAAGAUAACAGGUGUCGUUAAAUCUUUUUUUUUUUAGCUCAAAUUUGUUAAUUUAGUUUCAUCCACUUUUUUUAAAAAUUCCCAUUUUAAUAUAUGCUUUUGGUUUGAAAUAAAGUCUUCUGUAUUUCAAAAUAUGUA